AUGCCUAACAACCUCUCGGCUAAGCCAACUUAUCUCAGAGUCCGUUCUUCCAAAGCAUUUAUAGUCAGUUCCUGCACUCUUGCUAUAUUUACGGAUUGUUUUCUAUAUGGCAUAGUUGUACCUGUUCUCCCUUUCGCGUUAUCUCAACGCGCUGGCAUUGCUCCUGAAAAUGUGGGAAUUUGGAGUUCAGCGCUCUUAGCUUGCUACGCAGGGACGUGGCUUCUUGCAUCGCCUCUUGCGGGAUACCUGACAGAUUACUUCACAUCACGCCGUACAACGUUCGUGAUCGCUCUACUUACGUUGAGCGUCGCCACGAUUCUCCUCUAUAUCGGCUCUUCCAUUAGCGUCUUGCUGCUGGGCCGUAUUUUACAAGGAGUAUCCAGCGCCUUGACGUGGACUGCAGGAUUUACCUUGGCAGUCGAGACCGUCGAAGAAACCGAGGUGGGAAAGACAAUGGGAAUUUGCAGCCUCGGGACAAACCUGGCUCUCCUUUUUGCUCCUGUCAUCGGUGGAUUAUUACUCGACAAAAGUGGAUAUCAUUCGGUGUUCGCAGUCGCUUUCGGCCUCCUGUCUCUAGAUAUGGCGUGGCGGCUGGCGUUAAUUGAACGAAGCGCAGCCGCGCCCUGGCUCGAAUAUCAAAAUAAUAAGUACUGGACCAUCGGAUUCGGAAACAACGGAACUCCCAGUAUUAUGCCGUCGCCUAUCCGAGAAGAAAUUCCUCAUCUAGAGCCUCUCUGGCUUGAAACUGAGAUUCAGUUGAUAGAAAAAUACGGCGCAUUCGGAGAGUUUAUUGUGAGAGAUACGUGGUGGGCAAAUUUUACUCGGACUAUAUCGCCAACAUUACGGUUACUUCGAAAUCCUCGUCUUCAAGUCGCUCUAUGGGCCACUUUUGCGCAAGCGACAAUGAUUACGUCCUUGGAUGCUGUGCUUCCGCUAUUCGUGCGAGAUACGUUUUCUUGGGGAGCGCAGGGAGCAGGACUUAUCUUCAUUCCCGUGGUGCUACCAACCUUCCUGGCCCCGUAUAUUGGACGAAUGACAGACAAAUACGGUCCUAAAUGGAUGGCCGCUUCGGCGUUUAUUCUGGGAUGUCCGAUCUGGAUCCUUAUGAGGCUUAUCACCCAUGGUGGAGUUGGACAAAUCGUUCUCCUAUGCAUUUUCCUCGCGAUGCUUGGUACGACGACAACCCUUGCAACACCACCACUAAUGGCAGAGAUUACAUUCACGGUAGAAUCUCAAACACAAGUUCAGCCGGGAGCUUUUGGAUCUAGAGGGGCUAUCGCUCAGGCAUAUGCUUUCUAUUCUUUAUGGCUUGCUGGUGGGCUUUUGGCCGGCCCGCUUUGGGGUGGUUUUGUUUUCAGAAUUGGAGGUUGGAAGACAAUGACUUGGACAUUCGGACUGUUAAGCGGGAUCACCAUGGUGCCAACGAUUCACUUCAUGGGCGGAAAGUUAAAUUUGGCAAAAAUCAUCUAA